AUGCCCCCACUGCCUGUCCUCAGGAUCGUGUCGAGCUUCAUCCUGGAAGGGAAAGACCCGCUGGGCGGAGCGAAGGCCAAGGGCGAGGACGACUGGGGCAUCGAGCAGCUGCAGGCGUACUUCUGCCACAUCCGCAGCCUCCAGCCCUCAAUGACACGCGAGGCCAACGUCAUUCUUGCCAAGUACUACCAGCUGCAGCGACAGACUGACCAGCGGAGCCAGGCGAGGACCACCAUAAGGCUUCUGGAGAGCCUGGUACGGCUUUGCCAGGGACACGCAAGGCUCAUGAUGCGACAGGAGGUGACGGUGCAGGAUGCCGUGGUGGCCGUGACCCUCAUGGAGGCUUCGAUGUGCGGGGCUUCACUCAUCACGGGCAUCAACCCUCUUCACACCGCCUUCCCAGCUUCGCCCAGAGAGGAAUACAGGACCCAAGGUAUCUUUGUGAAGAUUGUGCUCGAGAGACUUGGGCUGUUUGACAUCCUGACGGAGGAGAUAGCGAAGAUCAAUGAGGAGGAAAGGCUCUGCGCGAACUCAAGCCUCACCCAGCCGAAGCCGCCACCCAAGAAGGCUAGCAGUACAGAGAGCGAGGCGCCCCAGACAGUGAAGUAUGUUUCAAAGAAUGUGUUCAAGCCUUCCGUGAGCGAAGACAAGACAAACCCAGGUAUCAUCGAGGAACUGGAGGAGCGAGAGAAGAGACGGAGGCCAGGGGGAAGCAGGCAGCAGAGGAUAGAUGAGAUGCAACCCAAGAGGGCGGACACAAGCCUCCCGUCUCCGGACUUGGAUGUGUCCUUUGGUACUUUGCUGGGGGAAGUGGAGGAGGAGGAAGAAGAAAGUGCAGAUUUCUUUGGAAAGAACAAGAGAAAGAAGAGUCAGAAGAGAAAGCAACAGAAUGAAGAAGAGACACACGUUGCAGACACCCAACCAAAAAAGAAAUCUAAAAGAGGCAGACCAAGAGGCACGUCCAUGACUAGCACACCAGGACCACAGGCAACUAAGAGUACUUUAGAAUCUUCGCAGAUUCAGGUAGACAGGGCCAUGAAUGACCUGCUUGAUGAUCUAGAAGACUUUGAAAGCACUAAACCAUCUUUGAAUGUUACCUCUUCUAGUUUUGGGAAGGUUCCAUUCCUUGGUAUACUUUCACAGAAAAAUAAGCUGCAAACGAAUAGGAAUCCAAAACCUGCUGAAAAGAUACCAGUUAGUGAUGAGGUCAGCGAGGCCCAGUCAACCAAAAGGGCAUCAUCCACCUCAGUGGGUAUAGUGAGUCGUGUCCAGAGCUCAGAGGAGGAAGGGAAUAGUAUUGAAGAUAAUAGACAAGGUAAUGAAACGGAUAAGUCAGGUUCCCAUCCUCCAUCCCAAAUUGCCAGUCUAAAACAUCCAACACAAGAAAACCGGAGUUCUCCCAUACUCGGGGCCAGCUCAAUAUUCGCCAAGAGCAAGAGAUCCUCCUUCCUCCUGACAUCCACUUCAAGUAAAGGGGCUCAGGAGGGGCUAGUCCGAGAUACAGACCAACAUUUGGAGAAGGAGAACAACAACACAGGUGCGCAGGGGAACAGUGGAAGAGCAGGAGAUCCGACAGCUGCCAAGAGUGAGCGGCCAAGGCUCAUCCUCCCCUUCAAGAAGCCUGUGUUCCCUUCCAGCCAAGGGAAGUCCAGCCAACAGCCCGCGCCCCUCUCUUUCACGAGGUCCAAAUUCGCCCCUGCAGAUGACAUUGACGAUGCAGACUUUGAGUUGGACUUGUAGAGUGGCAACGAAACUGGCGUUGUCUUGAAAAUUGUUUGAUAUUGUUUUAUGUAACUUGAUGUGCAUGUAUAUUAUUAAUACAGCAGAUUUCUUGUGAUAUUCAGUGACUAGAUUGCUUAUAGCAUUGGUACUUACGAUCAUUAGGUUGUAGCUGCCAGCAAUAUAUUUUUAAUGGAAUUGAUGUUGGGGAAAUACAGAGGUUUGUACAUUUUCCAUGUACAGAGCAGGAUUUAAAUUUCUUUAUAAAAAUAUACAAGUUGAUAUGCACAAAAAUGUUAUACCAGGCCCUUUAUAUUAAUUUUUAUAUAUAUAAAUAUUUUUUGUUGACCAUUGAUCAAAAUUAUUUACACAUACCAUUCUUGCUGAAUAUAUUUGCGUCCAUAUUGUGCUUGUCUAGCAUGGAGGCUGAAAAGUAAUGGUACUUAUAAGAAAGUACUAUUGAUUUUUGUACUUUUAAAAUAUCUAUAUUAUAUAAUAAAUAUUGUUGAUUUUU